AUGGCUGCCACGAUUAUGAAAUAUUUUAUAACCCUUUGACUCUUCAAUUGUUUAGCAUUUGCUACUAUUGAAUUAAACAAUUUUUAUUACUUUACUCAAACUACCCAAUGAAACCAUUUGAAAAUUGAUUUCAAAAUAGCCAACGAAAAAUAUAUUCGGAUAUGGGUUGAAGUUAUAGACAAGCCCAAAGACUCUUCACCGCUUCUUGCACUUACUCCCCACCUCCGUGAGUGAACAAAACGAUUAGAAAAAAAUCUCUAUUUUUUGCCAAAAACCCAUCCUCCGUGAGCGAACAAAAAUUUUUUAUUGAAAAAAAAAAAUUUGAUAUAUAACUGAUAAUUAUUAUAAUCUAUAGCUAAUUCUAUUCAAUUUUAAAAAAAAUUUGCGUUUUAAACAUAAAUUUUAUAAAUUAAAUUAAUUUUUGCUUUCCAAUUUUUGCGAAUUAGGAUUUUUUUAAAAUUUCGGAAAAAAAAAUUUUUUUAUACAAUUUAAAAUACAAUUUUUUUUUAAAAAAGAUAUUAAUCACCUCCGUGAGUAAACAAGAUUUUUUUCUACUCACAGAAAAGGUGAGUUAGUGAUACUGAGCCUCAUUAUGGCGCGAAUUCCACUGAUGUCCAAGCUACUUAUAUCGACUAUGAAGGCUGGUUUUCAAAUCUCAAUUAUCAUUCGAUAAUAUUGGAGAAUUCCGGCACCCUUCCUAGCAUUAUAAGCGUCGGGAAUUACGAUUAUAAAGAAGGCGCUAUUCAGUACAAACUUAGGGUCGAUGCAAGUGAUAGCCUCCUCUGCCCACAAGACUGCAAUAAUAACGGGGCCUGUCAAGCCUUAAAUCAAUGCUCUUGCAAUCCGGGUUACAUAAAGCCAACCUGUGGAAUUCCCGCAGUUGAAAUUUUACCUUCCAAAACCGAUAUAAAAAACCCUAUAAAUGGCUUUACCUAUGGCUAUAUAAGCUUAGCGAACAGUAUUUUUUAUAUAGUAUCAUCAAGUUCUAUUGUUUUAAACAUAAACUGAGAUGGCCCAUACUGUAGACUAUUAUUAAAUUAUGAUGGAUCAGGGUAACUCUUAUGCAGGAAUUUCUCCUUGCCUUCAUCCCAUCAUUUUUAUUUAUCAGUAUUUUUAAAUGGCUUAAAAAAUCCAACAACCGCUACAAUUGAUAUCAGUGAUAUGAACGAUUUUCUAUAUGUCGCAGCUUUCCCAUUGGACUCUUAUAUCCCUAUUUAUAAUAAUGUAAAAUUUAUUAGUAAUAUAAAGAUAAUUUUAGAAAUUUUUAUGAACAAGUAUAAAUCUACAGCUUCAAAUUAUACGAUUUGAUAUGAAGAAAAAUCUUCAGACGAUGCAAGUGUGUUUAUUUUGAUUUACAUAAUAAUAAGCUGUGUAGGCGUGAUUACUGUAUUAUUUGGGCUGUUUUUUAUCUUUAAAAAGAAAUGCAAAGAGCAUCAUCUUGUUAAGGUUACUGAAGAAUCCCCUGGACUGUCUUCUUCACUUAUUAAUAAGAAAUACCCAGCUUUUAGGUAUUAUGAGCUGAAAUCUAACUCCUUCUUGGCAAGUCAGUCAGUAGGGGAUUAUUUUUUUAAAGAAAAUUUCCUGUUUUAAGUAUAUUUCAUAUGAAAUGAAAAAAUCUAAUUUGAUUAUAAAAUUUAUGUUUUAAUAAUACAAGCUGUUUAGAUUUUAUAUAAUUUGCUGGAUAUUAUUAUUAAAAUCAUUAAUUAUAUAUUGAGCAAUUAUUUGUUAUUAGACUCAUUCAAUAAGGAUUGAUUUUUUUGAAAUAGGAGAUUGUUUUAAUGGCUUUGCUCAGUAAAUAAGUGGGAGUAAGGAAAAGGUAGAAAUUACGUGCGCUAUUUGUUUUGAUGCAUUUCAUCCUACUUCUUGGGUUCGAAAGCUGCAUUGUUCUCAUUUAUUUCAUUCUACUUGCAUUGAGGAAUGGUUUAAAGCUAAUACAGUAAGCGAUAUAUAGACAUGCUGCUUAUGCAAAAGAGAUUGCUCUGCAAUAAAUAUGAUUGUUCUAAAUUUUUCCUUAUAAGUCUGCAAAACCAAGAAAAUAAUUUUUAAAUGCAAAUUAUUUUCAUUAAAAGAAAACUCUAGUUAAUUGCAUUAUUGUUUAGGCAGAUUGGCAUUUUUAUAUAAAAUAUACCUUUACAAUAAUUUUUUAAACUGUGGAUUUUAUUUCAAAAAUAUGAUCCUUUUUCACAGAGAGAAGGUAAGCAAUUUUGGAGAGGACGAGAACCUUUUUAACAAAGUAAACCGGAGCGAAAUAAAUACAGCAACGAAUAUUACGGAUACUUUCGAUGAUUCUAUUGAGCAGGUUUAA